CGAUGGGGAUAUAUGUUUUCACAAUGUUCUGGAGCACGUAAAGAAAUGAUUCGUCUGGAAGUUCAAUAUUUCAAUCUCAAUAGAAUUCUAUUGCUGGCUGUCGGUUUGUGGCCUUACCAGCAAUCUAAACUCACUCGACUUCAGUUUAUUUUUCUCUGCAGUAUUUUAACAACAAGUAUUAUAUUUCAGCUGACAUCACUUAUAACUUUAAGAUGUACCUCUGUUCUUGUCGCCAAGGUUGUGUCUUCCGCAUCUUUUUUUGCUGUUUGCUUGGUAACUUACAGUUCAUUCUGUGCUAACAUCAAUAAUGCAAAAAAUUUGAUGGUGCAAUGCCAACAUGUAUAUGAUGAAUUAAAGGAUGAAAAAGAAAUAGCAAUCAUAAAAGAAUAUGGCUAUUAUACGAAAUGUUGCACAAUUGCAUUUAUGGUAAUGGGAAUUCAUUUCAUAAUUGUUAUUAUUAUUAUUCAAUAUUGGACAGACACGUUUGAUUUAGCUUUGUCAAUAAAUGUAUCUCAGCCACAUCGGAUACAAUUCAUAACGGAAUAUUUUAUUGAUCAAGAAAAAUAUUUUUUCUUAAUUCUAUUACACAUAAAUGUAGCAUUUUGCGUAGGAAUUGUUGCGAUCAUAGCAAUAGGAACGAUACUUAUUGGAUAUAUUAAUUUUAUUUUUGGAAUGUUCAAAAUUUCCAGCUACCGUAUUGAACGCAUUAUAGAGAUCAAUAUUCCGCAAAAUUUUAUUCUAAAAAAAAAAAAUUUUAAAUCUGAAAGUUUAAUAUGCGCUGUAAAUAUUCAUCGAAAAGCAAUAAGAUUAUCUAAAUAUUUGGUAAUCACAUUUGAGAUAAUGUUUCUCAGCUUAGCAGCAGUUCUUAUAAUUUCCUUGUGUUUCAAUUUUCUUCGGAUUUUUCAAAUUAUGUCGUCUGGAGAAUCUAUUGAGAAACUUUUCUUUCCUGUUACAUUUGUAUCUGUUGAUAUUCUUUACAUGUUUCUAUGCAACUUUUUUGGGCAAAAUAUUAUAGAUCACAAUAAUCACGUUUUUAUUACUGUGUACAACAUUAAAUGGUAUGUAGCUCCCUUGCAAAUUCAAAGAAUGAUACUCUUUUUGUUGCUAAAUAACGCCAAAGAUUUCACUAUAAUUGUUGGUGGAAUAUUUGUUGGAUCUAUGGAAAAUUUUGCUAUGUUGAUAAAAGCUGCAAUAUCUUACUUCACUGUGAUAUUAUCGGUCGACACUGUGAAUUAAGUAUAAACGUAGAAGUUAUUUAAU